AUGAAUAGAGCAAAAGAAGUUUCAGAUCCCAUCCCGAUCGUUCUCGUUGAAGAGAUACUCUCAAGAUUGCCUGCAAAGUCAGUCGGGAGGUUUCGUUGCGUGUCGAAGCAAUGGGGUUCCAUGCUUCGUCGUCCAUCUUUCACAGAGUUGUUCUUAACCAGGUCACGGUCUCGUCCACGUAUACUAUUCCUCCUUGAAGGAGACGACGAUCAGUGGAACAUCUACUCGUCGCCUCAGACUCAUAAUCCAUACGAGAAGUCUUCUCUUGUAGUAGCUGCCGAUUUUCAUACAAAGAUCCGUGGAAAGACGUAUAAAGACCUUUGUGGCUAUACCCUGGUUUGA